AUUUGUAUAACAUUAUUAGUAAAAUAUUGUAUAAAAGGUGCUCUACAUUAUUUUAACGUAAGUCUCUCAACUCAGCACACACUCUUCACAAGUCAUUGUCAGUAUUGUGUUAUUACUGUUACUACUUUUUUCCUACCAUGGAAUCAGUUGCUUCAUCUAGUCGACAAGAAAUUCCAGCUAAUAAUUAUUUAUGUGAACUAUGUGACANGAGAUUUGCAACACAAUAUGCACUAAUCAUUCAUGAAGAAAUUCAUUCAACUCGCAUAUCUUGUAACGUAUGUAACUCAGUUUUUACAUGCACCGACGAUUUAGACAAACAUAUUGCAGAAACGCAUUCAAGCUACCGUUAUUAUAAAUGUAAAUGGUGCCACGAGAAAUUUAAAGAACGAUCUGAACUAGAAGAUCACGCAACCACUCAUAAACAAAUAGAUGUUUUUGAGUGUGAGUACUGUAGAAAGUUAGAAAGAAGUGUUUGCUUUCAAAGUAGGAAUUUAUUAUGUACACACAUACGUCAAGAGCAUCCAGAAAAGGACAUUGAAAUGGUUACAUCUAAGUUAUUUACCAAGAUAUGUGAAAAUAUAAGUGAUCUACGAAAACAUGAAGUAACUCAUACCCAGUCAAGUGUGUCGUGUAAAUACUGUCACAAAAUAUUCAAUUCAAAUUUUACUUUAGCAAUACACAUGCGCGAUAAUCAUCCACAAAGUAAACAUAUGUGUAAAAUAUGUAAAGUAUACGUAAAUCCACGCGCACUAAAAAAACAUGUGCUUGCUGCCCAUAAGUUUUACUUCUGUUCUUACUGUUUUCAAAUAUAUCUGACAAAACAAAAAUUAGAUGAUCACAAAUGUGUCGAAACUAAUGUACCCAAUCAUAAGUGUCCCGUAAGUGAUAACAAAUUACGCAUUUACUAA